AUGUCGCCGCCUGCUUUCACCUUGACCUCACAUAGAAAACGGAGGGCUCAUCCCUUCGAGGAUCCCCCUUCAGAGCCAGUGCUCCAGGAUUGGACUUAUUCCUCAGCGGAGCCACCUGCUCUAUUCCACCUCAACACCAAGCUUGAUCAGUACACGCCGCAAGACUUCUCCAACAUAUACGUUGAGCUUCCGCUGGAGGACGUGUGGUGUCAUCCCCCGCUACGCGAGAGCGCCGCUUCCUAUCUCAAUGUGUCUGUGAACCAGGUCGAGAACUGGUUCGACUCGAGCAACUGGCACAACCCGCACAAGAGACAGCGUCUCAGCACACCAAAUCUCCUGAUGGCGCCCAAUUCUGGAGAUCUUAUCGGCCAGGGUGACCACGAGAAGUCACCUCUCUCGGGCGACGGCUGGCCUGGAUGGACCAGCCAGAGGCUGGCGCAAUGUUUUUCGAGCCUUUGCUCCCCAUGUGACCCCGCACCAAGCUAUCGGCCGCUUCCUCAGACACCAGUCUAUGAAUAUGGCCCAGCCAUGGCGCCCGUCCCUGGGCCCAGUAUGGCUCCCGUUUCACCGCAGGAGCGCACCCUGACGAUUUCGCCCUCAAAUCAAGCAAGUGUUCUCGCUCGUGAUGAUUCGGCAGCCAUGGCUCGAUAUUACCCGCCUCUGCAGCCGACACGCGUAGUAGGCAUGCCGCCAUCCACAACAAGGGAGGAGAUGGUCUAUCCGGUUGCGCCAUCGGGGCUUGGAGAUGGUCUUCAUCACGGACCUAAUUACACAGCUCCAGGAUCGCACUGCCUUAUGGGCUCCACCAUCAAGUCCGAAGCUCUUUCGGUCAUGUACGGUGGGGGGGUUGUCACCACACAAUAUGGCGCUUCAAUUGGAGAACUAGCUGGUCUUCAGGACCUCUACGGCCUGGGUCUCAAGGAUGACACUGAUAGGCCAGAUGGCCCAAACUUUGACACGUAUCCUGCGCAUAGAAACGUCCCGGCAAGACGAGGUGCAUUCAAGGAUCAAGAGCUGAGAGCCAAGACCGCGCAGACCAGGAAGAUGGGCAGCUGUAUUCGAUGCAAGAUGCAGCGCAUCCGUUGCAAUCUGGACCCUGAAAACGAGAAUGGUCCGUGCAUCGCCUGCAGAAAGGUCAACGUCAGCACCAGAAUUUACCGGCUCAACUGCUUGCGGUUGAAGAUUGUCGACUGCAAACUCUACAAGCCGGGCCAGGUUCCUGGUCAUGAGUGGACCAGCCGCUGGAAGGACAGCGUGCUCGAUGAUAUCGAGGUCUGGGCUCCUGGAGAGCAGAGGACGAUUCGUGUGACGGAAGGAUACACAAGUAUGUUUGUGGAGCUGCGCGUCAGGGAGUUUGUCCCUCAGCCAGGAGACAAGUUGGAGAGAACCUGGGUGGACAAGAACGGCGUGAAGCAGAGGCGAGAAAUCCCGCCGUUCGCCAUUGUCGAUCUCGAGGAUGCGAAAAACUCUUACAGCCGCUACAUCAAGCGCGGUCUGGAGAACUGCUGCAUGCGCCUGCUGGGUGCUCGGGACAAACUGCUUCACAGAACAUACUUUUUCGCCAUCAGCAGAGCCAGGGAUGACCGAGACCAUUCCUUGACGGAAUCAGAACGGGGUCUCUUGGGACUCACUCUUGACCUUUGGAUGACGGCACGGCUCACCACGAAGACGCUCGAGAUUAUCGGGAACGAGAGGCUUGGCAUGCCCCUGGACUUGAUCAACGAUCCGACCAAUGACAUGCACCGGAAGACACCUGUUCCACCUGUGCUCGGGGCUCAGAUCGAUUCGUUCUUGAUACACCAAAUUCAGUCACACCUCCGCCGAAAGACUCUUGAAGAGCUUCAAAAGAUGACGCAGGAGAAGAAGCAAAAGACAUGGCUGACUACCUACCUUGUGACUUUUAUUUUACUGCACAACAUCGGUCUUGUUACGAAGCAUGAUGCAAAUUAUGCCAGGAAGCAUGGGAUGAAGGUUGGUGACCCCGCUGUCUGCAAGUCAUGGGUUCCUGGAACUGACAAGAUGUGA